CCCCUCCCCAGCGUGGGGUUUGCCAACGCUUCCCGGCCUUGGAAGCUCCAAAGAAAGUCGCGGGGAGCCAGAGAACACUCUCUGCCAGGAACUUACUUCCUCCCUUUCUAGUCCUAAUUCCCCUCGACACCAGAACACAAAAGAGCCCGGAGCUUCUGUCCAGCAGCCAAGGCCCGAACUCGCCCAACUCCAGCAACCUCGGAAUUGAUCCUUCUUACCCGGCUUUGGAGCCGGCUUGGACCACACCUCUGCAAGGUUCCUCUUUCACCUGCACACCGGGAGCAGCUUCGCGAACGUGCGGUGAAGUCCAACCCGGGUGCCUGGCGCCGACGUCUUUCCCUUGCUGAGGUCGCCGCGAACUCGGCGUUCGGGCCGCUGGGCGCACCGCCGCAACGCGCAUCUCUUGUCUCUCGGGCAGAAGCAGACAGGUCUGGAGUCCGCAGCCCCAGCCCCGCCAAGCUCCAGACCUCGAGCAACCGGGCCCAUGUGCCUCGGUGUCACCCAAAGAAAGAAUUGCUCAGAUCACUUCCUAACUAAGGUCACCCAUAGAAGUGGGGCAUGCAGUCCUGGAAGGAUCCUGUAGGAAAGGCAUGUUAAAGACCAGAGAGAAAUGAAGAAUGGAAUGGAUCCUGGAAAACUUUGUUACUAUGAUUUAAUGGAGAUCAUUUAUGUCAGCACUCGCAGCCGUGGACAGCUCCCUCGCCACGCGGUCCUUUCCUCUGCAGUGAGCACAUUAGCGUUCACCCUGCCCGGGUCGGUGCGGUACUCCAUCCACACCAAGUCCGCCAGUGCGUACGGAACGCGUGCUCCCUCCCUCCUCCCUCUCGGUGCCCCCGCCCCUCGCUCACUCAGGCUCACUCCAGCGGCGACUUUGAGGGAUUCCCUCUCGGGCGGCCUCUGCAGCAGCACCACUGGCCUUAUUCGCUGCUCCGCGAGGAUGGAUCUCCGAGGAAGAGCCGUUCUCGGCAUGAAUAGACUUCGAGUUCUUCUGAUGCUCUUCCAUACAAUGGCUCGAAUCAUGGCAGAACAAGAAGUGGAGAAUCUCUCAGGCCUCUCCACUAACCCUGAAAAAGAUAUAUUUGUGGUGCGGGAAAAUGGGACGACGUGUCUCAUGGCAGAGUUUGCAGCCAAAUUUAUUGUCCCUUAUGAUGUGUGGGCCAGCAAUUAUGUAGAUCUAAUCACGGAACAGGCUGAUAUCUCACUGACCCGGGGAGCUGAGGUGAAGGGCCACUGUGGCCACAACGAGUCGGAGCUGCAGGUGUUCUGGGUGGAUCGCGCGUACGCGCUCAAAAUGCUGUUUGUAAAGGAAAGUCACAACACAUCCAAGGGACCCGAGGCGACGUGGAGGCUGAGCAAGGUCCAGUUUGUCUAUGACUCCUCGGAGAAGACCCAUUUUAAAGACGCAGUCAGUGCCGGGAAGCACACAGCCAACUCGCAUCAUGUCUCUGCCUUGGUCACCCCAGCUGGAAAGUCCUAUGAAUGUCAAGCUCAGCAGACCAUUUCACUAGCCUCCAGUGAUCCGCAGAAGACAGUCACCAUGAUCCUGUCUGCGGUCCACAUCCAGCCCUUUGACAUCAUCUCUGAUUUUGUCUUCAGUGAAGAGCAUAAAUGCCCAGUGGAUGAGCGGGAACAGUUGGAGGAAACCUUGCCCCUGAUAUUGGGGCUCAUCUUGGGCCUCGUCAUUGUGGUAACGCUGGUGAUUUACCAUCUCCACCACAAAAUGACUGCCAACCAGGUCCAGAUCCCUAGGGACCGAUCCCAAUAUAAGCACAUGGGCUAGAAACUAUUAGGCAGACAGACCCCAGCCCCCCUCCACUGGCUGGAUCAGGAGUGGAAGGAAGGGGUCAGCCAGCUUUUACACUCAUCGUGGCUUGGCUUUGACUCUCCAAGCAGCAACUCAUAAAACUCGGAAAGGUAUCUGACUCUGAAGUUUAGGGAUCGAAACCACACUUCGUUUGGAAAGACACCCCUUAAGGUUCAAGAAGAAUAUUGGAGGCUUUGCUCCCUUGAACACAGAUGGCUUACCCUAUACCGUUGUCAACGUACACAAAAUACAGCCUCAUGCUCCCUGCAGCAAGACCCCUGAAAGUGACCCAUGCUUCUGGCUGGCGUUCUGCAUGUCUAGUGAUUGUCUUGGGAAUGUUUCACUGCUACCUGCACCCAGUGAAUUCACAGCACAAGAACCUGUUUAAUGUAACUAUGCAGAGUUGUUUGGACUUCAUAGUGUAUCAGGUCCAAGUAAGGGGACCUGAAGAAUCAAUCCAUGUGAGUUUGUUUUUCAAAAUGAAUUAAAACACACUACUGUCUAA